AUGGACUCAGAUUUAUUUGAUGAACACAGUGAUUGCUCUAGUGAACUAUCAGAAACGCGAUCAGAACUCGAAGCUCGAAUCUAUGGAAUUAUCCACCAUAACGAUUUUUCAGGGACGUCAGAGUCACCAUUCAUUGAUCCAAAGUAUGGUGUAGAAUUCAAUACCAAUGGCGAAAUUGUUGUGUUUCUCAAAGAUCCAGCCGAUGUAGUUAUCGACUCCACCGUUAAUCUAUCCGAGGUGUGUAAAAAUAGUGUUAUACCAACAAUUGUUUUAGAUGAUGACGACAUUGAAACUUCUCAAGGUAUCACUAGUAUAAUAGUUGAUAGCGAAUUUACUGAAACAAGUUUAAAAAAAAAGAAGAAAAAAAAGAAGAAGAAAAAUAUAAAUAAUGAAAGUAUUGAAGAGUAUAUUAAUAUUAUUAAAAGUACUGAUGCGUUGAAAGAAUAUAAAGAGAAAAGUGGGUUAAAUAAAAUGAAUACUAAAACUAGUAGUGCACAUAAAGUUUCUCUAAACGUAUCUUUAAAUAAUGAACGAGCAACGCCAAUGACCGCUAAUGAAAUUUUGAAACAAUAUCGUAUUGGAAAACCAACUGAAUGUAGUUUGUGGUAUAGAUGCCCAAAGACAUGGACUCCAGAUAUGGUUAAAUUUUAUACUAAAAUUCAAAAGUCAAAACGAAAUUAUGACUGUAGAGAAGAACUUAACAAAAUUAAAGAAAAAUAUGGUUCGAAUCCAGUUGAUUGGUCUUUGGAUCCCUUGGAUGUAAAUAAAUAUAAUUCAAAUACACCUAGAAUGAGAUGUAAUAUUUGUAGACAAUUCGGUCAUACUGGUUAUAAUUGCAAGGAUCAAUAUAAACCUCCAAUUUGUAUUAUGUGUGGAGUGGAAGGACAUCAUUUUCAUAGCUGUAAUAAAAAAAUAUGUUUAUCGUGUGGUACUUGGCAAAAAAAUUUUACAAAUAAUUGUAGUAUCUGUUUAUCAAUGAUCAGAGUCAAAUGUAAUAUAUGUAAUGAUGUUGGUCAUGAAUCAAGUUAUUGCACAGAAACCUGGCGUCAAUUUCAUAGUACUAUUUCUACUGCACCAGAACCUGAAAGUAACGAAUUUGCUCAAUCUACUUCUAGAUCAAAUACUGAGUCAAGGCAAUCUACUACAAGGAAGUCUGAAUCUUCAUCGACAUCAACUCCGAAUGUCAAAGAGAAAAUUAAAAAUAGUCCAAAAUCUGUUGAUUCUGGUAAAACUAAAAAAGCAAAACGAUUGCAAGCCAAGGCAAAACAUUCAAAAAAUAAAAAUAAAAGUAAUCUCACAAUUUCUGAUAACGAAUCCAUAAAUAUUGAUGUUAAUAUACAAGAUGUUACAUUACAACGCACUCUUACAAAAAGAAAUUUUUUCAAGAAAAAAAAAUUAAGUGUCAACAGUUAA